GUCGGUAGAUUUUCUUGGAUGUAAUUAAUGUUUGGCACGAAAAUAAAGAGGCUGAAAUUUUGAUAAAAUGCACAUUUAAUUCAUUGGUAUCUUGAAAAUAUAACUGCAUUGAAUGCAUUCUUAGAGUAUUUUAUAUUGGUUCAAGACAGGUCUGUGUAAGUGACAAUGGGUGCUGCAGACAUGGACGUGAUCAAGGAGAUACCAGGCUACAAGGUCAUCCUCAAGGCCGUGGUUAAAGCACAGAUACAACAGCUGGUGGAACAGCUAGCUGCCCACACAGAUGAAGAGUCUGUGAUCCUGACGGCGAGCGUCCAGGACGGAACCAUCAGUCAUAUCGGCUCUGAUAGCGGCAAGUCUUUCCUCCAAGGUCAUGAAGACUUCAAGUCACAGUUUCUUGGCUUCUGUCUCAAAGACCACCACCGUAGAAAGCAACAAGAAGAAGAAGAAAAACAAAGAAAAGAACAAGAGCAAUUACAAGAACAACUACAGCAGCAACAGCAGAGACAGCAGGCCAUGUUAGCAGGUGUUCAAAGAUUCUCUCCUAUCAGGCAGUCCCGCCCCCAGCCCUACCCACUCACUAGACCCCCGGGGCUGAGCCCACGACAGAGGUUCAGUACCCCUAGGGCGGGUCCUGGUCCACGGUCUCAAGGACUUGUAAUGCCCGGAGCGGAAAAACUGGCAACUGUGAAAAGUGAGCCCAAAGAGAUUGACGAAACUUCAAACCAAAGUGGAUUAAGUGCUGGUUCUCAAAGUGAAAUUAGUGGUAAUAUUAAGACUGACAAUUCAAACGAUGUAUCAGAAACUGGAGAUAACAUUCCUACGGAGAACAGUCAGGGAAUAACCGAACAAGGCAGUGCUAAAGGUGAAGGUAAUGAUGCGGACACUGAAAUGGGUGAAGUGAAACUAGAAGCACUAACUGAUGAAGAUUUAGAACUAGAAAUAACAGGGGUUGAACUGGGUAGUCAGUCAUCUGGUUCUGAAGUGUGGGACCCCAAUGUGUCUGCAGGGAUGUUUCCUGAUUUAUCGGGGGCAGUAGGAAGUUCGGGCGAUAUGCAGGGGACCUCUCAAGCUGGAUACAAAAACUUGAUUGACCUGGGACUUGGUGAUUUGAACGGCCAGGAAGAGCAAAGAAACCCUCAAAAAUAUGGCAACAAAAACGUUUGCCCAUAUUGUGGCCUGUCCUGGCGUGUUCCAGCAGAGCUGAGGAGACACAUUGUCACCCACACAGGAGAGAAGCCAUUCAAGUGCAGCAUUUGUGGUACAGGUUUCAGUAGGAAGAAUACAUUACAGUACCAUGUGCUCUCAACCCACAGUCAAGCAGUGCAGGAGCCAAGCACGGUUCCAAACAUUUUCCAAACACAGGAGUGAAGGCUUUCACGUGUAGGAUUUCUGGUGCAUGAUUCAGUAGAACUAACACCAAGUAUCAUGUCUUUUCAACCUACUGCCAGGCAGUUCCAAACAUUUUUCAACCAUUGAAGUAUCAUUUUGUAAAUCUGUAAACAUUAUGGGACAUUUAUUAACCAUAUCAAUACAAUGUAUGAAUACAUAAGCUUAUGUAGUGUAAAGGGAUAUUCAUAUAGGAAGAGAAAAGGCAUUCAAGUGAAGGAUUUGUGAUGCAGGAUUUAGUAGGAAGUGCACUUAAGUACCGUAUAUUUUAAAGCCAUAGUCAGUAAGAGUAAGAACACAGGAUGUUUCACAACUGUUUCAAAAUAUAGAAGUGUAAUCUUGAGACUGUGAAACAUUGGAAAAUAUUUAUUGAAUAUAUUGUUAUGAAAACAUUAGCUAAAGUGACUCAUUAUGACCUGUACAGAAGGGAUGAUAUUUUAAAGUACUGUAAUGUUUUUAAAGUACUGUAAUGUCCACUCUUGAUCUCAUAGUCGAUCAGUGAUAGAGCCAUUUACAUGCGCAUACAGUUUCCAAUCUUAGAUUUAUCUUUUUGGCAUGUAAUUGCUCACAACCUUAUUAAUAAAAGUCAGACCGUGACUUGUCCUCACAACCCAUAGUCUGUCAGAACUAAAUUCACUGCCAAACAUUUUGCAAAGCCUGAAAUGGCAUGACUUAUGUCCUCACAACCCAUAGCCUGUCAGAACUAAAUUCACUGACAGUUUCCACAGAUAGAAAUGGCAUGACUUAUGUCCUCACAACCCAUAGCCUGUCAGAACUAAAUUCACUGACAGUUUGCACAGAUAGAAAUGGCAUGACUUGUCCCCACAACCCAUAGUCUGUCAGAACUAAAUUCACUGACAGUUUGCACAGAUAGAAAUGGCAUGACUUGUCCCCACAACCCAUAGUCUGUCAGAACUAAAUUCACUGACAGUUUCCACAGAUAGAAAUGACAUGACUUGUCCCCACAACCCAUAGUCUGUCAGAACUAAAUUCACUGACAGUUUCCACAGAUAGAAAUGACAUGACUUAUCCCCACAACCCAUAGUCUGUCAGAACUAAAUUCACUGACAGUUUCCACAGAUAGAAAUGGCAUGACUUGUCCUCACAACCCAUAGUCUGUCAGAACUAAAUUCACUGACAGUUUCCACAGAUAGAAAUGGCAUGACUUAUGUCCUCACAACCCAUAGCCUGUCAGAACUAAAUUCACUGACAGUUUGCACAGAUAAAAAUGGCAUGACUUGUCCCCACAAACCAUAGUCUGUCAGAACUAAAUUCACUGACAGUUUCCACAGAUAGAAAUGACAUGACUUGUCACCACAACCCAUAGUCUGUCAGAACUAAAUUCACUGACAGUUUGCACAGAUAGAAAUGACAUGACUUGUCCCCACAAACCAUAGUCUGUCAGAACUAAAUUCACUGACAGUUUGCACAGAUAGAAAUGACAUGACUUGUCCCCACAACCCAUAGUCUGUCAGAACUAAAUUCACUGACAGUUUCCACAGAUAGAAAUGACAUGACUUGUCCCCACAACCCAUAGUCUGUCAGAACUAAAUUCACUGACAGUUUCCACAGAUAGAAAUGACAUGACUUGUCCCCACAACCCAUAGUCUGUCAGAACUAAAUUCACUGACAGUUUCCACAGAUAGAAAUGGCAUGACUUGUCCCCACAACCCAUAGUCUGUCAGAACUAAAUUCACUGACAGUUUCCACAGAUAGAAAUGGCAUGACUUGUCCUCACAACCCAUAGCCUGUCAGAACUAAAUUCACUGACAGUUUGCACAGAUAAAAAUGGCAUGACUUGUCCUCACAACCCAUAGCCUGUCAGAACUAAAUUCACUGACAGUUUGCACAGAUAAAAAUGGCAUGACUUGUCCCCACAACCCAUAGCCUGUCAGAACUAAAUUCACUGACAGUUUCCACAGAUAAAAAUGGCAUGACUAAUGUACUCAUAUUUUUUUGCUCAUAUUCAUUGCAAAAACCAAGUACAUGUAAGCACUUAGUAUCAAAACUUAGAAAUGUCAUUGGUGAUCUUGUGAAUAACUUUUAAGUUACAUGCAUUUCAGGUUUUUAGAGAAAAAUGCCAUUAAGUUUAGUGAAGCACCGUAGAAACCUUCAGGAACCAAUUUUGUAUAUAUAAUACAUUGUUCUUUUUAAUUCCUGUCUAAACCCGAACAUUGUAUACCAUUUAUUCUAGAAUUAUAUGUUUACCUAUAUUGUAUUUUAUUGACACUUGAAAUAAACUCCAAUGAUUUACAUUGAAUAUUUAUUUUAAUCUUUGAAAAAAAUCAUCUUAACUUUAUUGUGAAAUUGAUGCUAUUUAUAACAUGAUUGUAUAAUAUAUGAAUGUUACUUAUAUGUAUACCAAUUGUUCACACUGUUUAUUAUUAGUAUUGUAGAUACAGUUGAAAUAAACUUC